UGCAGGUUGAGUAUUCGCACCAAAUAGCCCUGCCAUUCAUUCUCCAGCUCAAUAAUCACAAUGAAGCUCAUCCCACGGUCCACCAGCAUCCUCGUCGUCCGCCCUUCCAGCCUCGUAUCUGGCUGCAGAGCUUUCUCGUCUUACAAUCCUGCAAUCGCUGGGCUUACGGCGAAUCAAGAAGAGUUUCGCGAUGCAGUGCAUACUUUUGCUCAGAAAGAGAUUGCCCCGAGGGCGGCGGAGAUUGACAAGACCAACAGGCUUCCUUCUGACAUCUUCCCGAAGCUAGGCGAGAUGGGUUUGUUGGGAGUGACGGUGCCCGAAAAGUGGGGUGGAUUGGGACUCGGGUAUCUGGAGCAUACUAUUGCUAUGGAAGAAAUCAGCCGAGCAUCAGCAAGUAUCGGGCUCAGCUAUGGCGCCCAUUCCAACCUCAUGGUCAACCAGCUCGUCCGCUGGGGCAAUGAAGAGCAGCUCACCAAAUACCUCCCUCCCCUCCUCACCGGUAAACACGUCGGCUCUCUCGCAAUGUCCGAACCCAACGCCGGUUCAGAUGUCGUUUCUAUGCGGAGCAACGCUGUUAAAGAUAAGGAAGGCGAAGGGUGGGUGUUGAAUGGCAGCAAAUGCUGGAUCACGAAUGCCACCGUCGCGUCUACGUUUUUGAUCUACGCCAAAUCGGAUACGAGUGUGGCGCCUUCAAAGGGAAUGACAGCGUUCUUAGUAGAGAGAGGGUGGAAGGGAUUCGAUGUUGGAGAAGGGCUGGACAAGUUUGGUAUGAGAGGAUCUCCAACAGCAGAACUAUUCUUUGACAACGUCAAUAUCCCCAUCAGCAAUGUCUUGGGGAGAGAAGGAAAGGGUGCUGGUGUGUUGAUGUCGGGCCUUGACCUGGAGCGAUUGGUGUUGAGCGGCGGUCCACUAGGGAUCAUGCAGUCAGCCUUGGACUUGGCGCUGGAGUACACUCACGAGAGAAGACAAUUUGGAAAACAGAUCGGCACUUUUCAGUUGAUGCAAGGGAAAAUUGCAGACAUGUAUACCAAACUGAGCGCCUGUCGAGCGUAUGUCUAUGCCGUGGCGAGAGCAUGCGAUGCUGGUAAGGUUUCUCGACAGGAUUGCGCCGGGGCCAUCUUGUACAGUUCCGAUAAAGCAGUGGAGGUCGCUAUGGAAGCUCAACAGUGUUUGGGUGGAAAUGGGUACAUCAACGACUAUGCAGCCGGCAGGCUUUUACGCGAUUCAAGACUGUAUACGGUCGGUGCGGGGACACAGGAGAUUCGGAGGAUGUUGAUAGGGAGAGAGUUCAAUGUGGCAUUUGGCAGCGGCGAAUAGUAGUCGUGCUUUUACGCGAUGCUUCCGAAUACAGGAUCGUCCGCUGCAUCCGCUGUCAGCAUGUACGCCUGUUCCUUUGAAAUUGGGAGCAUCUGUCAGCUGUCGGCGAAUGUGUGAAUUCCGAACCCACCUCAAACCGAGCAUCUUGUAGUCACAUCUUGUAAUGAUUCUGUAGACAGUUUAUAAUCCUCCCUUGCGUGAUAAGGAAAGUGCCUAAUUGAAGAAGCCGAAUUACGAAGCAGCGGAAGCAUAUAUCGCCAAAGUUGCGCGCUGCUCCGAAUGCCGCCUGCCGAGCACGCCGGUGUCCGCAAACGGCCGAGUAAGGUAUGACUACUGUUGAUUGC